UUAUAUCGGAUUACUGUGCUCACACGAGCCUGCAGUGGUUGGAUAGGAUUGAAGAGCCGUAUCCCGUUGCCGCCACUCAAAAUGGCCGCUGCCCUCUCCGGCCAUCUCUGCCGGCCAAUCGCCGCCCUCCAUCCAAGCUUCCUGCGAACCGCCGCCGCCAAGCCCGCCCGUACCCUUCCGGACGCCCGAUAUAGACCUUCCAGGGAAGGAAAGCCGGCGCUCGGCGCCGGCCGCAUUUCCAGGCGGUCCUUGAGAAGAAGCAGCAGCAGCAGCUCGGUGGAGCAGCGGCCGCCGGCGCCGGCGGGGCCGGGCGUCGUCGACACCGAGGGACUGGUAAAGUUCUUGUACGAGGACCUGCCCCAUCUGUUCGACGAGAAGGGUAUCGACCGGUCGAUGUACGACGAGCGAGUCCGGUUCCGGGAUCCCAUCACCAAGCACGACACCAUCGACGGUUAUCUCUUCAACAUUCACCUCCUCAAGCUCCUCUUCAGGCCCGAUUUCCAGCUCCAUCACGUGAGGCAGACAGGACCUUAUGAGAUCACAACAAGAUGGACUAUGGUGAUGAGAUUUUUUCUUCUACCAUGGGAACCAGAGUUGGUCUUCACUGGAAUCUCAAUCAUGGCUGUCAACCCCCAGACUCAGAAGUUCUGCGGCCAUGUGGAUGUUUGGGAUUCCAUAGAGAAGAAUGAAUAUUUUUCAUUGGAAGGUCUAUGGGAUGUUUUAAAGCAGCUGCGGAUCUACAAGACUCCAGACUUGGAAACACCAAAGUACCAAAUAUUGAAAAGAACUGCUACUUAUGAGUUGAGAAAGUAUGAGCCUUUUGUGGUGGCUGAGACAAAAGGAGACAAGCUCUCAGGUUCAUCUGGCUUUAAAGAUGUUGCUGGGUAUAUAUUUGGGAAGAAUUCCUCGAUGGAGAAGAUCCCCAUGACCACCCCUGUCUUUACUCAGGCUCGUGAUGACAAAUUAUCGGAAGUAUCCAUCCAGAUUGUUUUACCAAUGAACAAAGACUUUAGCAAUUUACCAGUCCCUAGCGUGGAAGCAGUCAGCUUGAGAAAGGUGGAUGGAGGCAUAAUGGCAGCAACAAAAUUUAGUGGAAACCCCACCGAGGAACUCGUCCGAAAAAAGGAGAAAGAACUGCGGUCUGCGCUACUCAAAGAUGGUCUUAAAUCUCGACAAGGUUGCUUGCUUGCCCGUUAUAAUGAUCCUCAGCAGACAUGGAGCUUUAUAAUGAGGAAUGAGGUGCUGAUAUGGCUUAGCGAGUUCGCACUAGAAUAGCGUGCAAAUAUGUGGCGGGCUCCUGGAUGGAAGAUAUGUAAACUGCAAACUGAGGGUCAUCCCUGUUAUAACUGAGUAAGCUCCCUCAAAAACUAUGAAUUUUGGAUGCAUGUUCAUGACAAUAUUCAAUGGAAAACUCGAGUUCUUCUCAAGAGCUAAACAAUUUUCUUUGUCAAGAUUCUUGGCAUCCUCAUUGUCUAUAUCUGCAGUUUCUGUAAAUGAAUUUAUCUGAUUUAAAAAGUCAAUAUUAGAGCAAAGGCAUAAGAGGUGUUUGUUCUCA